AUGCCAAACGCCAUUCAAAAGCAUAUUUUGAAGAAAGGAGAAUGUAUAUGGAGAAGUUGGAAUAAUUUGAUAGGUUUAAGAUGGAAAGACAAGCGCGACGUGUAUAUAAUAUCAAUGAAACACGAAACUGUAGAAAUGGUUGAACAAUUGAACAAAGAAUUACAGAAAAUAAUAAAACCUAAAAGUAUCCUGGAAUAUAACAAAGGUAUGGGUGCAGUUGAUUAUCAAGAUCAGAUAUUAGCCUGUUUCCCAAUCAUGAAAAAAGUCAUCAAAGGAUACCGAAAACUUUUCUUUUACAUGUCAUAUAUGGCUCUAUUCAACACCUAUAUUAUACAUAAAGCAAUUCACAGUCGAAAAAGGGAGACUUAUGUAGAUUACCGUAUAAAUAUAGCAGAGGCAAUUUUACAAAUUGUCAAAUUACCGGACUACAAAAUGCAUGGGAAAUCUACAUCAGUUGAAACUUUUCGACUCCAAGCUCAAUAUUGGGCUCAUUUCCUAAAAAAUAUCGAUCCGACGCCUCGAAAUAAACAUCCGACAAGAACGUGUAAAGUUCGAUAUAAACAUAAAAUACAAAGUGAAAAGAAGUGA